GGAGGAGGAGGUGAGAGCUGUCAAAGAGGAGGAGGAGGAGGAGGAGGAGGUGAGAGCUGUCAAAGACGAGGAGGAGAACAGGGACGUGUCUGCUACAGAUCUAGACGAAGAGGAGGAAGAUGUAGAUAGUAUCACUGACCCAGGAGAGAGCUCCAACACAGGUUCAGACAGUGAGCCCAGUUCCACAGCAUCAGGAAACCAUAAACAACACAGACGGAGGAACUCAAGACAGAAACAUCACCACUGCAUGGACUGCUUCACUAGUUUCUAUGAGCCAGAGGAGUUGAGGAGGCACACUUGUAGGCCCCACCCCUGUUCAGAUUGCAGAGGCACUUUUAUUUGUCCAACUCACCUCAUACCACACAAAAAGACCCUCAAGAGAAAGAAAACGUACCCGUGUGGUCAAUGUGGGAAGAGAUUUCAGACGCCAAGCAGCUUGAAGACGCACCAGCUUACUCACACAGGAAAGAAGUCGUACCACUGCUCCCAGUGUAGGAAGACUUUCAGUUGUUCGUUCAAUUUGAAGAGGCAUCAGAGAAUACAUACAGGAGAGAAGCCUUUCCACUGCUUCCAAUGUGGGAAGAGCUUCCGUAUGGAAGGACAGCUAAACGAACACAAGAGAAUACACACAGGAGAGAAGCCGUACCACUGCUUUCAGUGUGGGAAGAGCUUUGGUCGGGCAGGGGCUCUAAAGGCACACCAGCUAAUUCACACAGGAGAGAAGCCAUACCACUGCUCUCAGUGUGGGAAGCGCUUCAGUCAGGCAGGACACCUGAAGACACACCAUCGAACUCACUCGGGGGAGAAGCCGUACCAGUGCUCUGUUUGUGGGAUGAGUUUUCCUCUUUUACAGACCUUAAACAGACACCAGCUUACUCACACAAGAAAGAUGCCUUAUCACUGCUCCCAGUGUGAGAAGAGCUUCAGUCAAACAGGAAGCCUGAGGGCACACCAGUUAACUCACACAGUAGAGAAGCCUUACCACUGCCUUCAAUGUGGAAAGAGUUUCAGUCAUUCAUCAAAUGUGACGGCCCACCAGUUAACUCACACAGGAGAGAAGAAUUACCACUGCCCUCAAUGUGGGAAGAGCUUCAGUCUGGCAAGAUACCUGAAAAAACAUUGCCGAACUCACACAGGAGAGAAGCCUUACCACUGCCUUCAAUGUGGAAAGAGUUUCCGUCAGUCAUCACAUCUGAGGGCACACCAGUUAACUCACACAGGAGAGAAGCCCUGUACCACUUCUCUCAGUGUGGGAAGAUCUUCAGGCAGACAGCAUAGAGACACCAGCUAAACGUGGCCACGUUUUUAGAUCUACAGGCUCCCGAUCAGAUCCCGGCCCAUUUUUUUCCAAAUCGGAGUAAAUCCGGAGUAAAACCUAGCCCGGCAGCCCCGUAAAGUGUUAAUACGUACCUGAUUCCCGGUUGAUGGCUCUCACUUUUUCCACUCUACAGGCUGCGGGGGCUGCCGCGGUAGGUUUCUCCACUCUACAGGCUGCGGGGGCUGCCGCGGUAGGUUUCUCCACUCUACAGGCUGCGGGGGCUGACGCAGUAGGUUUCUCCACUCUACAGGCUGCGGGGGCUGACGCAGUAGGUUUCUCCACUCUACAGGCUGCGGGGGCUGCCGCGGUAGGUUUCUCCACUCUACAGGCUGCGGGGGCUGCCGCGGUAGGUUUCUCCACUCUACAGGCUGCGGGGGCUGCCGCAGUAGGUUUCUCCACUCUACAGGCUGCGGGGGCUGCCGCAGUAGGUUUCUCCACUCUACAGGCUGCGGGGGCUGCCGCAGUAGGUUUCUCCACUCUACAGGCUGCGGGGGCUGCCGCGGUAGGUUUCUCCACUUUACAGGCUGUGGGGGCUGCCGCGGUAGGUUUCUCCACUUUACAGGCUGUGGGGGCUGCCGCGGUAGGUUUCUCCACUUUACAGGCUGUGGGGGCUGCCGCGGUAGGUUUCUCCACUUUACAGGCUGCGGGGGCUGCCGCGGUAGGUUUCUCCACUCUACAGGCUGCGGGGGCUGCCGCGGUAGAUUUCUCCACUCUACAGGCUGCGGGGGCUGCCGCGGUAGGUUUCUCCACUCUACAGGCUGCGGGGGCUGCCGCGGUAGGUUUCUCCACUCUACAGGCUGCGGGGGCUGCUGCGGUAGGUUUCUCCACUCUACAGGCUCUUACGACGUCACAAUAAUUCAACAUGUUGAAUGUAUUGGGCCUCAAAUCAGCCGCCAUCGCAGAGUGAGCAGUGCUCAGAGCACUUACGAGUUAUGUCCCACCGUCAGCCCAAAAAAAGGAAACAAGGCAGGAUGUACUCUGUUCCUAUUCUAACUCGGUAGCUAGCUCAAGCUAUGUUACCCACAUCUCAUGCUCUUCAAGGACUUUGUAACUGUGUUAUCUAGUGGGAAGCCGUUAUGUUGUGUUCUAACUGGUCUCCAGUAGUUGGGCUCUCGCAUGCCGACCAUAACUGUGCUUUGGCUAGGCUAAUAGCUAACGUUAUUUGGCUAAAUAGCUAACGUUAUUUGGCUAAAUAGCUAACGUUAUUUGGCUAAAUAGCUAACGUUAGCUGGCUGACUCGCUUACUGGCUAGGAUAACUGCAUAUAGCUAACAUUUUCUGAUAAUUGGUUAGGUGGAAGGGCUGUGCGGUAUACCGUAUUUUACAAUAUACCGAUAUUGAUGCACGGACCGGUUUGGGUUUUUACUUUACCUUCUAUAUCGGCCGUCAUUGUAAAUAAGAAUUUGUUGUGAACGGACUUGCCUAGUUAAAUA